AUGUUCCGCACAUUUGGGCUCUUGUCACUCGCUACAUUGCUGCUGAGGCAAAGCUCUGCAGUCGACUCCACUGACGAUACCAGUCCGAUUAUCCACCUCGAUUAUGCGAGCUACAGAGGCAACGCCAGCUUCGAGGCCGAUUUCAAUACACAUGUCUUCUACGGUCUCCGAUAUGCUCAAGCGCCUACCGGAGAACUUCGCUGGCAACCACCGAGACCCAUCGAAGGCAAGAACAAUUAUAGUACGAAUGGGAUAAUCGACGCUCAAGCUCUCGGCCCAGCAUGUACCCAAGGCAGUCCGAAAUGGGUAUUGGCAUUCGACAAUAUCUCUACGUCCGAUCAGAUCAACACGACUUAUGUCAUAGGAGAGGAGGACUGUCUGCUGCUUGACAUUUACGUGCCCAGUCACCCGAAAUCGAAGUCGCUGCCAGUGCUGGCCGAGAUCCACGGUGGCGGCUACACACGAGGCCAGAACAAGUUCAUCCAUGGCGAGUCCAUCGUGAAUGCUUCUCAGGGCGAGAUGAUCUUUGUUGCGAUGCAGUACCGGCUGGGCGCUUAUGGGUUCCUGUCCAGCGAGGAGGUUCGCGAGAACGGUGUCGCGAACGCAGGUUUGCUAGACCAGCGCGCAGCUUUGGAGUGGAUUCAACGAAAUAUUGCGAAAUUCGGUGGAGAUCCUAGCAAGGUCACAAUCACUGGUGGAAGUGCUGGCGGUGGCUCGGUCGUGAACCAGAUGAUCAUGCACGGCGGCGUUGCGAGCCCUCCGUUUCGUGCAGCCUUGCCGGAGUACCCUUGGUGGCAGCCAUAUCAUAAUGACACGAUUCUGGAGCGGCAGUACCGCAGCUUGCUGAAAUAUGCCAAGUGCGACGAUUUGCAGUGUCUUCGAUCCCUGGAUUCCGACAGGCUAGAGGUGGCAUCAGCAAAGACCUAUUUCGAUGGCGAGACUGGAUAUGGUGACUAUUACUAUGGUCCGUCUGUCGACGGUAGUAUCAUCAGAGAUCUACCCAGCAACGAGCUCAAGCAAGGACACUUUUCCAAAGUGCCCCUACUCACAGAUCAUGCGCGCUACGAAGGCACCAUCUUCACCGACAAGGCCUCCACGACGGAGGUCCAAGUCACUGACGACGCACAUCAUCUAUUUCCUUACGCUGGACAAGAUUUCUUCGAUCGCUUGUAUCAGCUCUACCCUCUGGACGCCUACAACAGCACCUUCUUUCAACGCCAGCAAUUCUUCGGCGACUUCAUCAUCAGCUGCCCAACAUACUACAUGGCCAGUGCGAGUGCCGAUGCCGGCCUGCCUACCUACAAGCUCAUCUUCGACGCUGGCACACAGCAACAUGAGGCGACAUUCGAUUUCAUUUACAUGCCCAGCUCGAGUACGAAUAACGCCACUAUUGCCGACUAUAUGAAAGACUGGGUCAUCUCGUUCACGGUACAUAUGGAUCCCAACGAGCAGUCAUUUACUGGAGCGUCGGGCAAGCCGUAUUGGCCGAUGUACAACACAGCUAUGGGCACGGCGAAUGCGAGUACCCCGGAGUUCGCUAUCAUGAGCGUCAACUAUACACAGGUCGGCUCCAUCAUGGAUCCGGACGUGACUUUGCAGAAUGAGAAUGCGCAAUGGAGGAUACGCACCAACUCGCUGAGUCUUUUUGGACAAUCGCAUCAAGCCGGCGAGGAGUGCAACAAGCAAUGA